AUGAGUAACAACACCAAUCAUGGACUAAAGAUUGGUCGUGUGACAUUGGGCGCAAAUAGACAGAGUAAUGCAGGACUGAGUAAUAUCAAUGUGGUGGCACCAACAUCAUCACCAUCGAUUAGUAGUGCCACUCCUGUUACUGUCACACAACAACAACCCAUAAAUGAUAACAAACACCAAAAUAUCAGUUCACCAUCACCAUCAUCAUCGCCAUCCACAAUAUCAUCAUCCCCGACUUUGACAUCGGUCUCUCCAAAUACAAUAGCAACAGCAACCUCAACACAUUCAUCUCCUCGAGUUGAGGAACGCAAUGACACUACCACAACUACCACAUCCACACCUACACCUACACAGCCCUCGCCAGUCCAAUCACCAAGAGCGACCAUCAAUCAUUCGACAACAGCAUCCACAGAUGUGUCCUCUUCCAACAGCUCACCACAACAGACACCAAAGCCAGUGUCGUCGCCAACAUCUCCAGCAUCACCAGCGUCUCCACUUCUGGCUAGCAACAGCACAACGAUAUCAAAGCCUGCAUCAUCGACAUCGCCCACUCUCAAGCCAGCGCCGGUAGUCUCGCCAUCACUCUCGGCCUUGUCCAACCGAGCGGCGGCCGGCGACUCGAUCAGAAUCACUGGAACUCACCGCGUAACAUCAUUCAACACAAUGACUGGCGACGCACUGUCGGCCAAGGAUAUCUACCAACUGAUCGCUGAGCAGAAGCUAACAGACAAUGAUAUCUGGGGCGGCCAUCCCGACUUGUUCCCCAUCCUCUUUCAGUUUGGCCAUCACUUCCAGAGCAUGGCCGAUGGCGAUGCCAGCGCUCACGUGCUCUCGAUCAAUCUCCCCGCCAGUCUAUCGUCGUGUGGCGACAUGAGGAUGCGCUCGUACAAGAUCAGCAAGAAGCUGACGGUCGCACAAACAGUCAAUCUGGUGUGUAGGAAGGAGCACAUCAAGGAUCCUCGCCAAUUCUACUUGGUCACAUUGAUGGGAUGUGUGCUGGACAACGAGCUACUGCUGUCCACAUAUGGCUUUGGCACGUUCUUUAGCUCAUGGGAGCUUUGUCUCAUCUCACGUGAUGCCUACCUUGGGCUGGACAGUGCGUCCUCCUCAUCUUCCGAUCAUCCUAUCUCUGGCGACAACAGUGGCGGUGAGCACAUCAUCGACUUCAAGUUGCCGCCACUCAAACAACUACAAGGUUUAAAGAAGAAGAGACUAAAAGUCGACUCGACUCUCACCAUUGGACAGUUUAUAGAUAACAUUUGUAACAAGUAUAAGAUUAGUGAUCCUGAGCGAUUCUCGAUUAUAACAAGCGAGGAGUAUCCAUUGUUGAUGCAUAGGGAUGCGACCCUGGCACAUUAUGGACUGGGAUCAAAGAUGGCCACGAUGGAGUUGUCAUUGGUGUUCAAUGAGUUUGUGCCACCUUACUCUUUGCGCAACAACCAGGUACCGGCAUUCGGCCAUGUAACCGCAGGCAAGCCCAACACACGUCAACUACGCGACACUGUUGUAGACUUGGAGAAUCGCCUACACGAUAGCUUGGCGCUCAAUGAGUCGAUGGUGGCCAAGAUCAAAGAGGUGGCCGUCGAUGCCCAGCGUGCUGCACAGGAUGCAGCACAACGUGAAGAAUCCUUGCAUCGCAAGAUCGAGCACAUGGACGUCGAGCACAACACAUUGAUCCAGCGCAUUGUUGACCAGGUGACUUUGGUCAAACAGAACUUCCAACAGGACAAGGAAUCAUUCCAGCGCACAAUCGAUGAGAUGCAAUUGGAGCGCACACAGUUGCAACAAGACAAGGAUGGACUGAUAGGAGAUAAGGCGAGACUCGAACAGGACAUUGAUGCGCUCAACGUCAAGUCCUAUCAAGAGCGAUCGAGCCACACAGAGACCGUAAUGAAGCUCAAUGAUACGAUUGAUGGACUCAACGAUGAGGUCCAAUCACUGAAUGCCAGCAUUGGUGAGCGAGUUCAGGAGCGCGAGGAGCUGACCAGGGCAUUGUCAGCGAAUGAGUCGAUCCUGGAGCGUGUGCGAGCCGAGUCACAGACCGAGGAGCGUCGUCUGCGAGACAUGAUGGAGAGCAUGGAGCGUGAGAAGGCCGAGCAAAAGGCGGCGUAUGAAAGAAUGAUGAGCGAGGCGCAGCAAAAGUAUGAGCGCACAAUUGGCGAAGCGCAACAAAAGUAUGAGCGAAUGGUUGGCGAUGUAUACCAGAAGUUGGAGAUGCAGAAGCAGAACGAGGAGCAGCGAAUGAUGGAGAUCACUCAUACAUUUAAACAAGAGAUUGAUGCUUUGGCGGCAAAGGCUGCAGCUCCGCCCCCUCCCCCACCAGCCCCGGAACCCGCGCCGCCUGUAGUCGUGGUGGCUGCGCCAGCCCCGGAUAUGUUUGCCAGCAGUAUGGAACGCGACAAUCUGAUGUCCACGAUCAAGAAGCUGACCGACGAGCUGAAGGACCGCGAGGAGAGCAUAAAGACUAUAUACCCGAGAAAGGUUGAGGCUUUGGAGCAGACGAUCAAGAGGCUCGAGGCCAAGAUGGCCGAGUCGGAUAAAGAGUCCAAACAGAACAAGCAGCAGGUGGCACUCAAGAGUCUGGACAUUGACGAGUUGAAGCGUCAGCUCGAGCAACUCAAGUUCACAAGCAAGGAGCAGCAGCAACAGACUAAGACACAGCUGGACCAGACCACUGCGACAUUGCGCGAGGAGGAGAAGAAGCUGAGCAAGGCACAGAACGAUGUCUCCACAUUGAGGGGCGAGUUGGAGGCCGAGCGAUACAAAUGCGACCAAACCAACAAGUCGCUCAACGACACGCGCCAGGCCAAGCUAGAGCUGGAGAAGGUGUCGCGGGCCCGGGAGCAGGCUCUGUUGCUCGAGAUUGAGGAGCUCAAGAAGCCUAAGCCACCACCCCUGCCAUCGUUCAAGACCGCGACGCCCAGGAAGAACCGCGUCACCGAUGCGGACGACCCUUCAAUCUCGGCAGAGACCCUAUCAGAGACACGUGGCACAUUGAAAUCCGUUGCGCACCUACCAUCGCCGCCUCGUGAACAUGGUAUAUCAACAAUCGCCGAUCUACUCUACGUAUCAAUGCAGAAGCGAUUCAAUGCCAUGAACCAAGUGGACGUUGUAGUAUUGGACGACUAUGAGGAUGAUGAUGACAGCAAUGAUCAAUUCUUUGAUUGA